AUGAGAAUGUUAUGUUUGCCAUAUCACCCCAAAGCAACAAAAGCGUACAGCCAAGCUGGUGGGAAGGAAAUGCUCGGUGUAGUGCUAUCCAGAUGACAAGCCUUUAGACGUUUUAUGGAGCCCAGGUCUCCAUUGUGUCCGAAGGUUUUCUGAAGAGCCAGCUAUUAUCUGUCCAAAUACAAGAUGUUGAACAGUUACUUGGUUCCAAUGGUUCUCUUAGUUUGCAAGCAGCAAAUGGAACUGAUAUCCCAUAA